AUGUCUGCUGCUUCCUGGCGCCAGUUCUUCUCCUUCAACAAGUACAGCCAGAUUGCUGCCCGCGCUGUGCGCCAGUCGCUCAACGAGACGGAGCGUGUCGCCGCUGAGCGCCGUGGACUCACGGACGUUCGUUACCAAAAGUGGGAGGCUGGAAAGGGUGGCGAGCAGGUUGUGCUGAACCCCAAGGCCGAGGAGGGCGGUCCUCCGAAGUCUGCGGCCGUCUAG